AGCUGUCACCUUCUACACAUUACUUCACCGUUGUUCUGUGCAGCUGGCAGCAGUUUUUGGUCCAGGUUCUGUUGUGGACAGAGACCAGCUAGAGAUUGCCGGGACCAGCUCCUUAUGUCUGAAGACUCGAGCAGCGACGAUGAAUGGUGUGUUUUCACAAAAAGACAGAUGGGUAAUGCACACCUGCAGGCAAAAUGUUGGGAAUGUGGCAAAAAAUUCAGAAACAUAGCCAACUUGAUAUCACACUACAAAAGCCACGAUAUCAAAGCUACCUGCCACAUCUGCAAGGUUACUUUCCGACGUCUGACGUCACUCUCCACACACCUGGAUAAUGCACAUUCGCCACCCCUCUGCAGAAAGUGCCAUCAGUCUUUCAGUAAUGUGUGGGAGUUGAACAAGCACGCAGAGACGCUUUGCAUGGGCUCAGCGCCAUUUCAAGAAGCCCCCUCUCUGACUUCUGCGGUCAUAUGUCAGAGUCAGAACAGUGACAGCCUUGCUAAUAAGGUGACUGCACAGCAAAGCGCAGACUCAGUGCUACGUGACUCAGAGUCAGAAUCAAUGCGUCGAGACAGAUUUGAGAUGAGGCCUGCCACAUCUGAAAACAGCGUGGAAUAUAUAGUGGGUGAAGAUGAUAAAGAUAUUGAAAGUCCCCAUGAAACCGGUUGGGAGGAGGAGGAUGACUCAACAAGCUCUUACACUGAUGAUGAGAAUGAAACGCGCUCUGAGCCUGCGGACAUGUGUUCAGAUGAUCCAGAAUCAGAUGGUGACUCGAACUCAUGUGCGACUGAUUGUUCCAGUGACUCUUCCAACAGUCCACACUCUAAAAAAACACCAGCAACCCUCCAUAAUGUUGAUAGUUCAGUUUGUUCUGCAUGUGGCAGAGGGCCAUUCAGGUCACUUAAGGUCCAUUUGCUGCACUGUAGUGGUAUAAGGGUAAAAUAUCAGUGUUCACUGUGCAAGAUGCUUUUCCCAACGGAGACGUCACUUAACCAACACUACAUGCCUUUGUACUCCUGUGACAUCUGUGGCCAGGUUUUCUCUCUCGACCACUCGUACAAUCAACACCAGUGUCCCAAGGGUGGCAACUCACCCACCAUCUUCUUUUGCACUGAGUCGAUGCCAAAAGUAUGUAACAUAUGCAGAUCUUUUUUUACCUCGGAGAAAACAUUGUUAAACCAUGUCGCCAGAGUUCACACGUCAGUGUCCAGCACCAAGUUGUCCAUUAUUACCAAUCCGUCUGCAUUGACUAAUAAAAAGCUUUCACCAGGUGUCUCUGGCACAGCUGCCCGGUCAGCCACCAGUAGUUCUGGGCACGUCCUGGUCUCUAGCAGUGCUACAUGUCAAAGUCCCAGUGCAGUCAAACAGGUCGUUAAUGGAAAGCUCUCUGUUGGCCAAAACUAUGCUGGGACCCUGUCCACUGUUGUGAAGUCCAGCCCUUCCUGUCUUUCAACAUCCUCUUUCCACAAAGGCAGACCCCCUGCCCCGACAUGCAUGACUUCUGCUGCUGGACCUGUUCGAUCAGGUCAUCCGACCAACCAGCCUUCACGUCUUUCUGCACCAUUGUUUUUCCCUCCUAGUGCCACUGACACAACUCCAGUCACCCCAGUCUCUCACCCUGUCUCCCCACCAAUUCCUACUAUUAUGGCCAUGUUUGAGAAUGACAGCCAAGAGGUGGCUUUGAUGAAACGUAUGAGCACAGGCUGGCGUUCCAAGGCCCCUUACCCCUGCAGGCAGUGUGGUGCGGUCUUACGGCAGCCCUCCUUCAUCAUCAGCCACCGCUACCUCCACAGAGGCCGCCGCUCACACCGGUGCCAGUGCGGCCGAGCCUUUAAGCACCGGCUACACCUCCUGCGACAUUGUGUUCAGCAUGCUGAGGCCAUGAGCUACAUUUGUGUCAACUGUGGGGAGAGUUUCACAGGAGCAAAACUCUUAGCUGAGCACAUGAAGGGCAAAUCGCAGAAGAAAUCCAGUUCUUCAGGACAUACUUGGAAACGGAGAGUAAAGAGAAAAUGCAAAAUGCCCUUUACAUGUGACUGUGGACAACUGUUUUUUAGACCCUCUGCUUACAUAUGGCAUCAACUUAAAAACAAGACAAAAACCAAACAAUGGAAGAAGGUGGCUUUGAUGAGCACGGGCUGGCGUUCCAAGGCCCACAAACAAAGAGUUUAAUCAAAGGGGAUUUUUUUUUUUUUUUUUUUUUUUUUUUUUUACACACUGAUUGUCGCAUUUCUUUGUAAGAUGUAUUGUGUUCACAAGUGACAAAAUCAAAGCAAAAUCAUAUGCACAUUCAGUCUUAAUGGCUUUUAAUUAUAAGCAUGUCCUGGAUAGUUGUUAACAUGGUUUUUGUGCAAAUGAUACACAGUAAACAGGGUUAGAAACUCCUCUUUUGUUCUUCUUUUGACAACAUACCAGAAUACAAAUAAACCCACAAGGAACUUUU